AACCUGCUGUCAAGUUUGAUAACAACAACAUUGCUUUGCGUAAACUCGCGACUCGCUCCUCUGCAACCCGGUAAAAUUUAAUUUAAGCUACAAAAAUGCGUCUUCUCGCGACUCGUUCUCUCCUGAACGUGACUCGGCUGCUAUCCGCCAGGACCGCAACAACACAAGCCUCUCCGGCUGCCACACAAUCCGAACAAAAAUGGGACCUGUACGCCGGUGUGCUGGUCGAGCGAUUACCCAUCGUUACGAAAACACUCGAACCCAUCGAGGCAAAAUUUAAGCAAAUGUUGGAUCAAAUCGAGCUGGAAAAGAGCCUAAAGUCCAAUCACGAACUUCGGAAGGAAACCGAAAAGCAACAGCUCGAGCUUCUGAAGGCCGGCAAGAUCGAUUUGGAUUCAGAAGCACUGAAACAAACGGCUCAGGAUCUGGAGGACGCGUACAACGAAGAGUUUGCCCGGUUCAAACCGGCUCCACGUGUGACGGAGGCUGAUGAAAAGAACGACAUUCGAUCGUUGGACCGCAAGCUAGAGGAAACGCUUGUUCUUUUAGUUGAACAAAAGCUGGGCUCGAAAAGCCAUUACCUAUUGCCUCAAGGUCUUCACAAGAAGGGAGAGUCUAUGCGGCAAACGGCCGAACGCACGCUGAAGGAGUAUUGCGGUGAUAGUUUGCAAGUCACCUUCUACGGGAAUGCACCGGUCGGGUUUUACAAGUACAAAUACCCUGCCAAUGCGCGCAGCGAAGCGACUGGUGCGAAAGUAUUUUUCUUCCGCAGUGUUCUGAAGGACUCUAGUGCAAACAUUGGCAGUAGUAAGGUGAAAUAUCAAUGGCUCAGCCAGGAGGAGUUGAAAAAGCAAUUGCAGCAAUCGUACUACCAAAGCGUUUCCCAAUUUCUGCUGUAAGGCAUCGAUCCAACGAACCCUUUUUGACUCUAGCGCAAUAUUAAACGGCAACCCGAGUGGAUAGAAAGUAAAGCCUUCCUCAAAA